AUGGCAUCGACUGAAUCAAAUGGGCAGCAGGGGAAUGUUCCCCCUGAGCCCUCCAGCGUUGCAGGACAACUGUCAAGCUUCCCCGCGCCACCGGGAGGCUUGUCGCCUCCUGUCGAGGCCGAAUUGCAAACUCAGAUGUCUCUUGCAAAGCAGACGCCGUAUCAGAGGGUGCAGUCCGGGUACUCUCGAGGAGACACAGGCAUCCUCCUGGGCCAAAGGGACUUCGCGGCGACAUUGAACCGAGGAGGUGGCGGCUCAGAGGCGAGGACUCAGCGAGGACAGUCGGUAGUUUCUCAGAUGUUCUUACCAGUUCCAUCAUCCGGAGAUGCAAGGCGCAUUUUCGUUCACGGUGGUCAGGUGCAUUUGCCUUUUUUUGGUGCAGGCUCGGAAUUUCCUGUUGCUGAAGGACCUGCGGAGGACUCCCAGGAAGGAUUAAGCAAAAGGCAUAUUCGCAUGUUGUAUGUGAUUUUUUGCGCCCAAAAGUUUUGUUGUGAACUUCUCGGCACGCUAUUUCUUGUUACAUCAGUUGCAUUGGCAGAAAAGGGGAGCCAUGCAAUCUUCGCACCUUGUUCGGUCUCUGCUGUGGUGUACGUACUGACAUUCUUGUUUGUCCCCAUAAGUGGUGCUCACUUUAAUCCUGCAGUUUCUACGGCAAUGUUUGUGACCUCUAAGCACUUCCACGCCUUUGAGUACAUCGCAUAUUUCAUUUGUCAAUUGAUCGGAGGCACCUGCGGAGCUCUGAUUGGUUGGGCAAUCAUGGGAGAGCCCCUUGAAGUUCUCCCUCUCGAUCCUGGCGCUUCUUCAGCUCGUUCAAUAUUUCACGAAGUUAUUCCAACAAUCCUGCUUAUCUACACAUGUCUUGUACUUACAUUUGCAACGAGUGCAGGAGAUGUCAGCCUGGUCACCAUCCCCUUGACUGCGUCAAUGGCCGUUCUAUUUGGCGGUAUUGCGGGGGCAACAAUGAAUCCAGCCGUAGCAACUGGCAUUUACAUGUCCCACCUGAUUUUCGGGAGACGUCACACAAUGACUAGGGAACUCCUAAUCGGCAUCUUCUGCCCGUUUUUAGGGGCACUUCUCUCUGUGGUGGGCUUCCUCGUCACUCAUGCGUACACUCAUCCCCUGGAGCUCCGGUUUAUUCACUUCUCGUAA